AUGAAGAUACAUUAUGGAUCGCUUCACAAGGAGGCGGUCAGGGAUGCUUGCCAUUGCGUCUUCAUGAACCCAAGGACGUUGACCAUUUGGUGCUACCGCUGCGAGUGUGAGUUGAACCCCUUUACUGAAGGCAACUUGAUCUCACCGACUGGAAGGCUCUUUUUGAAAACGGCCGUUCGAUGCAUGGGAAAGAAGAGCAAGCAGGAUGGAGAUGGCACCAUUCAAGAUCUGGACUUGACUGGUCUCGUAGGACUAAAGAACUUGGGAAAUACCUGUUACAUGAACGCGGCUCUGCAAGCGCUCGCCCAUACCCCUGCCCUCACCCAAUACUUUCAGACAUGCGAGGCGUUCAUCCCGGAGUCCCGGAGGGUAGAAUACGCGCGGCAAAAGAACAUUAUGCUUGUCGACAGCUUUUUCAACUUUGUUGACAGCAUGUGGAGCGGAAAGAGUGCAAUAUUCUCACCCGCCCAUCUGGUCUCCGAUGUGAAAAAGUUCAACGACAUGUUUCAGGGGACAUCACAGCAGGAUGCACAGGAGUUUUUACGGUGUAUUCUCGACAAGCUGCACGACGAGCUGACCUAUCCAAGAAAGUAUCCGGACCCCAACAUAAUCCUUCCAAAUAUACCCAUUCAGGACGAAAAGCUAAACAAAACCAAGGCCGUCCAGCUCCCACAACAGACUUCAGUCAAAUCUUCCAACGGUACUUCAAAGGAUACUUCGCGGUCGUCGAACCCCAAAGCCGUCACCACCAGCAGUCUCUCUUAUGCUUCAUCGCGGUCUUCAACAUCGUCGCGCUCAUUGCAGUCCUCCGAGAAUUCGUCGCUUGUGGAGAACGCCGAGAUCACGCCAGCGCGUGUGACCAAUCCCAGUAUUAUCAGCGAUCUGUUUGAGGGAACUCUGGAGAGCAGGGUCCGUUGUUUGAGCUGUCGCAAGGAAUACAUCAAGGAGGACAAGUUUUUCGACCUGUCGAUACCAAUUGACAAGAAGAACAAGAUAAUUGAUGACACGUUGGACGGCAAGAAUGGCAAGGACAAAGAGAACGGAGUGCUGGGGUCGUUUGUAGACUCCAUCGGAGGAUGGCUUAGGUACAGAUCGAAGACAUGCGAGUUCCCCAUCAACAACCGCGCUAUCAAGCUAAGCGACUGUUUGGCAUCGUUUUGCGCCACAGAAGAGCUCACUGGCGAGGAUCGAUACCGCUGCACACAAUGUGAUGCCCUGAACGACUGCAGGAAAACAUUCAAGAUCACACGGUUGCCUGAGACGUUAUGCAUCCACCUGAAGCGAUUCCGCUACGACACUUACUCUUCGAAAAUCAACACAUACGUCCAGUUUCCAAUGGAGGAUUUGGACAUGACGCCCUUUUUGAAAUCAACGGACCACCAAGAGCUCAGCAAUAGCAAGUACGACCUGUACGCCAUGGUCCGCCACAGAGGAGUCGUUGGAGGUGGCCAUUACAUUGGAUACGCCAAACACGCCGUCGAUGGAUGCUGGUACGAGUUUGACGACACGUAUGUCACAAGGAAGGCGCCUGCCGAUGUUGCCAAGAUGGAGGCGUAUAUUUUGUUCUACCAACGAAAGUCACCACACCGCGACGAGGACCGAACAAGGAUAUCCAAGUAUAUGACAAAACCGCUAAUGCAGAUCUAUGACAAGGACCUUUUGGUGUACAUUUCAAGUCUCUGGCUCUGCCGGUGGAAGUACCUUACCAGCCCAGGACCGAUCAGCAAUCAUGAUUUUUUGUGUCCUCACGGCGGCAUUAACGUGGCGACGACGCGAAAUGUCAUGCUCAUGGUGACGCCUAUCCCCCGGAUCGCAUGGGACGCACUUGUGGAGAUGUACGGGACUGACGGUAGUCCAGUUGUGAACAUUUCUGCGCUGGAGUCCGAAAAGAUGGCCUGCUCCAUUUGUGCACAUGAAGAAGCUGAGCUGGACGAGAGAAGAAGACGCGAAGAGCAGGACGUGACAAGGUUGGACUCCACUGUCAUUUCUGAUGGCCAACUCUGGUAUCUCAUCGGAGCCGACUGGCUCAAGGAGUGGCAUGCAUUCAAAGCCGGAGACAAACCUCCAGGACCUAUCAAAAACUCUCAGUUCCUCAAAGACAAUGGUCAACCCAGAGCGGGCAUGAAACGAGGCACCGACUAUCGCGGCAUCAAUGUUAUUGUUUGGAACUACUUGCAAAACAUCUAUGGCGGAGGCCCUGAAUUUGUUCGAGCUGCGUUGGACUUGUAUGCGCCAGAUCCAAAGACGGCACCGACCAGCCCGGUGAGGAACAACUCUCGCAGUAACGCGUAUUCGCACCAGCACCAAUUGAACCAGCUUCCGCAUCCGUCUACACUCUACCAACCCCAGCACAAUAUGUACCAGCAACAGUCAGUGUUGUCUUCGAACCCAUACGGUCGCGGCCAAGUACCGAACGGUAAACCUAGGAAGGCAUAA